AUGUUAAUCGCCAGUGUGUUACUCGCACCUGUGGCAUGGGCAGACGAGUACACGGAGACCAUUGAAGUCUUCAAGAAAGCCGGCGCCAGUGGCGAGUUUUUCAGUUCAGCUCAUGGCUACGCAGUAUUUCCAACCAUCGGCAAGGCCGGUAUGGGUAUCGGCGGCGCGCGCGGUAAAGGCCAGGUGUUUGUCAACGGUGUGUCUAUCGGCGAAACAACGAUGACACAGCUUUCCGUCGGUUUGCAGUUUGGCGGCCAGGCCUUCAGCCAGAUCAUCUUUUUUGAAGAUGAGCGCGCCUUGAACGAGUUUAUUUCCGGUAACUUUGCGUUUGGUGCAAACGCAAGUGCAGUCGCCAUUACAGCCGGAGUAUCUGCCGGGGCAAACACCACCGGUGGCGGCGGUACCGCUGCGAGCGGAGGCAAGAACGAUGCCGUCACCACUGGCGGGCCAAGUAACGCGGGCAACGCUCCUCGAGUGAACCAACGGAAAAAGACAAUCUGCCGAAUAACAAUUUGGCUGAUUCCGUUGCUGGCCGUACUGUUGUCUGGCGGCUGUGCGGUCGAGGGUGGCAGUGUCAUCGACCUCAUGCCUGCGCCGGAUGCACUUGCAGAUCCAACAACAAGCCCAUUCCAGGAUGACUUCGAUGCAGGUGAGGAUCCACCAUUCCAUCAGCUGCUGUUCGCCACUGAUCGUUCACCUGAGUCAUCCCGGGACCGGAUGAGUUAUGGCAACGAGCGAGGUGGUGUCCUCAGACUGGGCGCCGCGCAGAUUUCUCUGGGUGACGGCAACAUUGACUGGGAAGAAGCGCGCCGCAUCUCCCUGCUGAAAAAUCGCCCUGGCAAAUAUCCGCUGAAAGUCGCGUCCGUUACGGAAUAUGGCAUUCUCGACAGCACCAUUCAUAACUUUCUCGAUCCGGCAACUGCUGCCGGGUAUGCAGACAGCGCAGAGACAGAAUUUACCGAAGCGGUUAAUGCAAAGCUUGAGCGCUCCAGACUGCAGGAUGUUGUUAUCUACGUGCACGGCUACAAGGUCGUUUUUGAGAAUCCACUGCUGGUUAUGGCGGAGCUCUGGCAUUUCCUGGGCUACGAAGGUGUUGGUAUAGCCUACUCAUGGCCAUCUACGCCGAAGCGCACAGCUUACUUUGCGGAUACCGAAAGCGCCGACGUCGCCUCACUGAACUUUCGCCAUUUCCUGGAGUAUCUGGCUAACGACACACAGGCCCGGCGCAUCCAUAUCAUCGGCUACAGUGCGGGCACCCGUAUGGUUGUCAGGGCGCUGCAGGAUCUUGCGCUGAUCGCCGGAGAUGAUCCAGAGGCUGCGCAACGUUACCGGCUUGGCACCAUUGUCCUCACCGGCAGCGAUAUUGAUCGGCAGCGCUUCGGGGGCUACUUGAACGAUGGCAUUCUGAACCUGAUGGAUGAAAUGCUGAUCUACACUUCCGCCACAGAUAAAGCACUGGCCAUGUCUAAAUGGUCCCUGGGCAAGCGAGACCGCCUGGGUCAAGCUUUUUCCGAUCUGGAUGCAUCUUCACCCAUCGCCCAAUAUCUGCGCACCACGGAUAAGCUCACCGUCGUUAACGUAACCGAUACUGAAGGCGCUCAGGAUGCAAACGGGCACGGCUAUUUCCGCAGCAGCCCCUGGACAAGUAGCGACAUUCUGAGCCGACUGCGCUGGGGGCUUUCUCCCACUGCGCGAGGUUUGCAGCAGAAUGACGGAACUGGCAUCUGGCACUUCCCUGAAAACUACGUCGAACGGAAAUACAAAUUACCUUUCUUGCUCGCAACCACAAUUCUUGUCGUUGCGGGUUGCGGGUUCCGCAGCACAGCAACCGAUCCCGGCGCAGUGGAAGCCCAGUUUGAGGCCGCAAAACAGGAUGAGCGUCAAUUGCUCACUGCGGUUGUAGAAGACCCGGAACGAACCAACACCCUGCUUAUGCUGCUUGACAUGCGCAAUCAGACGGUAGCGAAUCACGCGGCGACUAUUGAGACAUAUAUCAACAAUAUGCGCGCUCUGAACGCCGACUAUGACGCUGAACGGACAGACUUUGAACAACUUUUUGCCACCUACCGCACCGAUCGACAAACCUAUCAGCAGCAACUGGUGCACAUCAUCCAGCAGAUGAAAGCCAGCACAACGGCAAAAGAAUGUGGCAAUGGCGCCGCUUUCAGUGGUGUGUUGACCACGGCCACCCUCAAAGAUCUUGGCAACCGGGUCGCCGCCGCCAUAGAUGAUCCCUUGCGCGCUGACGCCGCAACCACCGUCAUAGACAGUGCCCGUGACGACGUGAAAAAAUUUGAAAAAGCUUACGCAGCAUCCGGCGAAAAGCUUACCAAGUACUACCGCGAUCACAAACAGAACGGCAACCGCAUGAUGGCAGAGAUCACUGACCUUGAGCGGCGUUGGGAAGCAGGCCAGGACAAGAUGCUGGCACUGCGGUUCGAACUGAAAUCAGAGCUGACCAGGGAUGAGUGGGAACGCAUCUUCUCAGGGCGCUCAUCCCUUGCCGCUACAGUUUUGGCGCUCUCUCUGCUCGUCGUCCUGCCUGCUUAUGCCGCCGGGAACUCGCCUGACGUUGACACAACCUUGCAAGCAGCACCCACCGCCAAAACUGAGCCAUCCGCUGAGGCAGGAAAUGGCGCCUGCACCCCGGAAGAACAGAUCAACGGUCUGCUCGACAAAACCCAAAGCUCUGUGUAUCGGGUUGUUUGCGGUACCUCAAUGUGGUUCGACGGCUUCUUUGGAGACGCGACUUACUACGAAGGCAGCAACGAAAGUUAUGGCCAGAUAAAUCUCGGUGGUUACUGGGACGAGCGUGACGGAUUUGAGCCAAAAACCCAGUUCAGAGCGCGAUUUGCACUGCCUAAUACCCGCAGGAGAGUGCGUCUGAUCGCAGGCCUCGGCGAAGCAGAUGAUGUGAUAGACGGCUCCGCCAACAGCCAGUUCGAAAGUCCCGCUGAAGGGUUCCGCGACAUUGAAGAAGAAGACGCUUUGCUUGGCCUGGGGUUUUCCCCCUCUCGCAGUAGACGGCAGAAGCAAGGAUUUGAUUUUGAUGUAGGCGUCAAAUUCUCCACACCAAUCGAUCCCUAUGCCCGGGUCAGCUAUCGUUGGAACAGGAUCUACUCGGAGCGGUGGUCUGUACGCGUGCAGGAGCGGGUGUUCUGGCAAGGUGAUGACGGUUGGGGAACGUCUCUGUCCGGAGAUCUUACCCGCAUUUUCUCAUCUAGCCUCAUGACGCGCUGGGGUAACUUUUUAAAAGUAUCGGAAAGUCUGGAUGGGCUUUCCUGGGUGUCCAAUCUAACCACCUAUCAAAGCCUGUCUAACCGGCGCGCGGUCUCCUACCGUCUCUACGUGAAAGGCGAAACCGGCGCGCCAGUGUCGAUCAAAGAUUACGGCUUCGAGUUCCGUUUCCGGCGCAGGAUCUUUUCGAAAGAGUGGUUUUUCCUGGAAUUGACCGCAGGCGUCUCCUGGCCCCGCGCCCUCCCAGAUGAGUCGCGGAAAGCGAAUCUGGGUGCAGGCGUGGAAUUUGAAAUGCACUUCGGCAAUCGACGUAAGCCGCGCAGAAUGUCUACUGUACCCCCUGUUACAACCGACAAUUCCAACGACAACAAGAGGUAA